AUGCCCGAAUCAGCCAGCACUGAUAGUCUGAUGGCUCGACCAGUUUCACCUAUAACUGACGAUGACCACGACCUUUCCACAACAUUUCUUAAUGGGUCUGGUGGCCUCACUUUACAACCUCUGGGAAGUAGUUCGAGCGAGACUUCUUUGUCGCUCCGAGCGCGUUCAUACUCAGCUGAGGAGCAAGACAUUGAAGAUUUGCCCGAGAAUCCUGUGCAACAUGCCAAAGGCCUACGAAAUCUGAUCUCGGACUGGAAUCUAGAGUUAUUGGCCCUGAUUUCCAGCGCAGUCUCUCUCAGUGCUCUCAUCAUCCUCCUUGCUCGUCAGGAUGGCCAACCACUCUCGACCUGGACUCUACCGCUGUCCCUCAACAAGGUGGUGUCCCUUCUUUUAGUCAUCAUCAAGACACCUCUCGCGUUUGUAGUUGGCACCUGUCUUGGUCAGGGAAAAUGGGCCUGGUUUUUCAAGAGACAGGGUCCACGGUCUGCGUUCGUGGCCAUCGAAGAAGCUGGCCGUGGUCCAUUGGGAAGCCUCACUCUGAUGUGGAUGUGGAAGUUGAAAUUCAGGCAUUGGGUAUGCUUUGGAGCCGGCAUCACAGUCGCGUUGCUCGCCAUUGACCCAUUCCUUCAGGGACUGGUUCAAUAUGUGGGCAAGAUGUCCUCGACUGCUGAGAGUGGCGCAUCUAUGAUGCGUAGCCAUGGGCUUGACGUUGGUGAAUGGUAUGCUGAACUACCAUACACCCUCCAAUAUCAUGGCCAGAGUGUUCGUUUACGAUGUUAUCAGGGAAUACAUCAGGCUGCGAUUUUGUUUUCCGGCUGGGUUGUGAUGGAGUCGCGAGGGAUUGAGCUUGAGACGUUUAAGUCUGAGCCCCUUGAGAUUCUUCUUAACGGGUUUGAUGCCAAGUCGAGGGACUACUUGAUGGUGACUCGUAAAGCUGGUCAGAAUGUCGAUGGUAAGAUGAUCCAGUUAGAGAAAGCGGUUGAGGGACCAGAGUUGAGGCUGAAGGAUGAAUAG